AUGUCGCCAAAUGCACAGCAGCGGAACUGGAACGGGUCAGAAAAGGCGAGCGGACGAGUGACAAUUGGUCCGAAGCGCCUAUCAACCGAGAUGAUGAAUCUCGUCUUUCUGGCCGGCGGAACGUAUCUUCUCUGUGUAGACGGCGAAACACAAUUAGCUCCGGAGUAUCGCAAACUUCGCGCCCUGCAGUCUCCCCACUGGACAAAGUAUGAUGAGUGGGUUGACGUUCGGUUCUGCUGGCAGGCUCUUGGAGCCAUGAUGUUUAUCUACUCAACCAGUCGCGCUAUACAAUUUCAACGUUUCCUCGAAAGCCGGCCUCUUCAGUACCUGGGCCGGGUCUCCUUCUCCCUUUACCUCAUUCACGAGCUCGUUUAUCGGCUUUGA